UCUCCAGUGUCUCGUUUGCAGUCGGUUGUGAGGAAGGAGGCGUCUUGGUCCGUAGGGGUGAGGAAGGGAACAGCAUCUAUUGUCUGUGUUUGACUCCGUAGUUUGGUCCGAGGCCUCCCGGAGCUUUCCCGGGGCAGUCGGCAGAAGCCGCCGCGACCGCCCCGCCCCUCCCCUCCGUCCCCGGGACCGGGAGGGACCCAGCCCGCGUCACGCCCCUCGGCGCUCGCCUUUCCCUUCUCUGUCGUUGCGUCCGCAUCGCGCCCCCGGAAUCAGACGGUGCCCCAUAGAUGGCCAGCUUUCCCCCGAGGGUCAACGAGAAAGAGAUCGUGAGAUCACGUACUAUAGGUGAACUUUUAGCUCCUGCGGCUCCUUUUGACAAGAAAUGUGGUCGUGAAAAUUGGACUGUUGCUUUUGCUCCAGAUGGUUCAUACUUUGCUUGGUCACAAGGACAUCGUGCAGUAAAGCUUGUUCCGUGGUCCCAGUGCCUUAAGAACUUUCUCUUGCAUGGCACCAAGAAUAUCACCAAUUCAAGCAGUUUAAGGUUGUCAAGACAAAACAGUGAUGGUGGUCAAAAAAAUAAGCCUCGUGAACAUAUUAUAGACUGUGGCGAUAUAGUCUGGAGUCUUGCUUUUGGAUCUUCAGUUCCAGAAAAACAGAGUCGCUGUGUAAACAUAGAAUGGCAUCGAUUCAGAUUUGGACAAGAUCAGCUACUCCUUGCCACAGGGUUAAACAAUGGGCGUAUCAAAAUAUGGGAUGUAUAUACAGGAAAACUCCUCCUUAACUUGGUAGAUCAUACUGAAGUGGUCAGAGAUUUAACUUUUGCUCCAGAUGGGAGUUUGAUCCUGGUGUCAGCUUCAAGAGACAAAACUCUGAGAGUGUGGGACCUGAAAGAUGAUGGAAACAUGAUGAAAGUAUUGAGGGGCCAUCAGAACUGGGUGUACAGCUGUGUAUUCUCUCCUGACUCUUCUAUGCUGUGUUCAGUGGGAGCCAGUAAAGCAGUGUUCCUUUGGAAUAUGGAUAAAUAUACCAUGAUACAGAAACUAGAAGGACAUCACCAUGAUGUUGUAGCUUGUGACUUUUCUCCUGAUGGAGCAUUACUGGCUACGGCAUCUUAUGAUACUCGAGUUUAUAUCUGGGAUCCACACACUGGAGACAUUCUGAUGGAAUUUGGGCACCUGUUUCCCCCACCCACUCCAAUAUUUGCUGGAGGAGCAAAUGACCGAUGGGUACGAUCUGUCUCGUUUAGUCAUGACGGACUGCAUGUUGCAAGCCUUGCUGAUGAUAAAAUGGUGAGGUUCUGGAGAAUUGAUGAGGAUUAUCCAGUGCAAGUUGCACCUUUGAGCAAUGGUCUUUGUUGUGCCUUUUCUACUGAUGGCAGUGUUUUAGCUGCUGGGACACAUGAUGGAAGUGUGUAUUUUUGGGCCACUCCAAGGCAAGUCCCUAGCCUUCAACAUUUAUGUCGCAUGUCAAUCCGGAGAGUGAUGCCCACCCAAGAAGUCCAGGAGCUGCCGAUUCCUUCCAAAGUUUUAGAGUUCCUCUCCUACCGUGUUUAGAGGAUGCUGUCUUCCCUAGUAUUAGGGACUGACAACACACUUUACACAAACCUCAAGCUUUACUGACUUCAAGGUUUAGGAGAUUUAUUUAAUUUGAUACAUUCUUGUAUUGCAUUUUGAUCAGUUGAGCUUUUAAAAUAUUAUUUAUAGACUUAGGAGAAAUAUUUCUGAACAUAUGAAAUGUAAAUUUUUUUCUAAAAUGUAACUGUGAAAACAUAUACAUAAAUGUAUAUAUUUCGAUAUAAGCUGCUGCGUGUUGAAUGGACCCUUUUGCUUUUCUG